AUUGACAGCUGCUGACAGUGUCCGGCGAACUGUGACCGUCCUCCACCGCCUCGCACCUUGUUCACCCAGUCACGGGGUCAGGCCGCUUUAAGACUUCCGGCCUGACCUUCGACCUCUGCUGCAGCUUCGCUAGCAUGUUAGCUGCCGCCGGGCCGCGCGCACUCGCCAGAACUUCCACUGUCGCAGGCGCCCGUCUGCGCAGCUCGGCGCCUCGGAGAGACAUGUGCGCGAGCCAGAGCCCCAGACCAGCCGCGACGCUGCUGGGAACCAUGGCCUUCGGGGCUCGCGCCGACGCCCAGCAGAGCCAGGAGAUGGUGAAGGCCUUCCUGGCGCGAGGACACCGGCACCUGGACACGGCCUUCAUGUACGCGGACGGAAGGUCCGAGGCCGUCAUUGGAGGGAUGAGUCUGCCCGACACAGUGAGCCUGGCCACCAAGGCCAACCCCUGGGAAGGGAAGACGCUGAGCGCCCAGAGCGUUCGCUCCCAGCUGGAGGCCUCCCUGAAGAAGCUGCAGACGGACUGUGUGGACCUCUUCUACCUGCACGCUCCCGACCACCAGACGCCCAUCCAGGACACGCUGCGCGCCUGCAACCAGCUGCACCAGGAGGGGAAGUUCAGAGAGUUGGGUCUGUCCAACUACGCCUCGUGGCAAGUGGCUGAAAUAGCCUCCAUCUGCAGGCACCAGGAGUGGGUGGUGCCCACGGUCUACCAGGGGAUGUACAACGCCACCACCAGACAAGUGGAGACGGAGCUGCUGCCCUGUCUCAGGCAUCUGGGCAUGAGGUUCUACGCCUACAAUCCUCUGGCCGGUGGCCUCCUGACGGGGAAGUACCACUACACGGACCAAGAUGGUGCCCAGCCUGAAGGGCGCUUCUUCGGGAACAGCUGGGCGGCUGCGUACCGGGACAGGUACUGGAACGCCAGCCACUUCCAGGCCAUCCAGGUGGUGUCGGAGGCGCUGGAGACGGCGUACGGCGCAGGCCGACCUUCUCUGACCUCGGCCGCCCUGCGCUGGAUGUACCAUCACUCGCAGCUCAAGGGGGACCUGGGAGACGGCGUGAUCAUCGGCAUGUCCACCAUGGAGCAGCUGAAGGAGAACCUGGCUGCGGUGGAGCAGGGCCCUCUGGAGGAGAGCGUGGUGGAAGCCUUCACAGCAGCCUGGAACCUUGUGGCCCACCAGUGUCCCAACUACUUCAGAUGAAGCGCCUCUGAAAGAGCUUUAAUUCACUCUUCAGGCCUGAACAUCCACCACAAUAAUAAAAGACACGCGUGACGCAAUCGUUCCAGUCUCUGCAGAAGUUUCAUUCUUCAUCUUCCUCGUCUUCAUCCUCCUGCAUGGCUGCCUCCUCCUCCUUGCCGCUGAGAUUCAAAAACUCCCCCGUCUCCGAGUUCCACACGGACUUGAUCUGCACCUUGAACUCCGCCAU